GUCUCUCGGUUUGUUUUGUUUGGGUGUAUCGGCGGACGGCUCAACGUGACAGAAAACUGCCACUCUGCGGCUGGAGCUCGAGUUUUCCCCUUUAAUUUAAAUGAAGGUUUGGCUGAAAAUAAGAUGUUGUGAAGGUUUAACACCUGCGGUUUAACUCGGUCGAGGCGGACAAGUGACUUCACCGUGAUUUCGUGUUGACCUGAGACACCUGUUGCUCCAGUUUCGACAGACAGGUGCCACUUCCUACGUCUCAGGGAGCAGGGAGCAGCUCCGGGUCGAGAGACCACCGACACUUGGAUUAAUUUAGUAUUUUUGUAAAAGACAACAACAACAAAAAAACAUUGGGAUAAACAGCUAAUAUGAAAGUUACUGUGACUUUCGGGGACACCGCUGUGGUGGUUCCCUGUAAAGCUGGAUGGACCGUGCGGGAUUUGGUCGACCAAGCCACACGGAGAUACCGCAGGGUCAUGGAGCAGUACGGAGAGAGCGAAGUGAAGACCCAUCACUUGGAGUACACCGAAGGAGGCAUCCUGGACAUGGACGACCUGCUGAGUGAUCUAGUGGAAGACCGAGACAAGCUGGUGGCCGUGUUCGACGACGUCCAGCGUGAGAGGACGGACAGUCCCAGAGAGAGCUUGUCCAACGGAUACUCCACUGCCACCUCCAGCCCUGAACCCCUCCAAUACCUUCCCCACCUGCAGUACAAGGAGACAAUGAAAGGAGAGAUUGAAGUCAACGAGGCCAUCCUCAAAGCAAACACACCUCUGUUGGUGAGGAGCAGCAGUGACUCCGCUUUGGCUCCGCCCUCUCAGACGACGACCACGCCCCCAUCUGAUGACCACAACAAUGGGUCUCCUGAGCCGGAAAUCAACAAUGCACUGAGAGGACCUUUGGACCAACUGCGCACAGAGAGCCCUCCUGCCAAAAUGAGCCAAGUCAACUCAAGCACCCUUACGAGGACGGUGGAGUUUCCGUGUGACUGGGGGCCCCUGGGUAUCCAUGUGGUCCCUUACUGCUCCUCUCUCAGCGGACGAACCCUGGGGCUGCACGUUAAAGGCAUCGAGGAAAACAGUCGCGCCAGGAGGGAGAAUCUCUUCCAGGAGGAUGAGUGUAUUGUCCAAAUCAACAACACACGACUCCAGGACAAGACAUUCGCACAGUCACAGGAAGUGUUUCGCCAGGCCAUGACCGCCCCUUCAGUGCGUCUGGAGGUGCUUCCCUUAGCCAACAAGCCACGUUAUGAGAAGAGCCUGAUAGGUCAGCUUUUUACCGGCGAUGGCAAAGACUCCUCUGCAAAAGCAAAGAGUCCGAUGGUGGUCCGUGCUAAAACCAACUCCCAACCGGAAACCAAACAAGAUACCAGAAUGAACACCAUGCUGGAAAUGAGGCGACCAGACACGCGUGCCAAGACCCCAGAGCUGGCUGCGGAAAACACGCCACCAGCAGAGCUCCAGCCUGGGCAUGGCUCCUUGGAGAUGGUCCCUCCUGCACCUCCAGCCCGGGGAGCAAGCUCCUCCCCGACACCCAGGACUCGCAGCCAGAGCCCCAAGGCCAGGAAGAGCCCUGUUCUGCCUGGGCUGGCCAGCCUUACCAGCAGGAAGGGCGGCAAGAGGAUAAAAAUUGACCUUAAGAAAGGCGCAGAAGGUCUGGGCUUCACCGUGGUAACCCGGGAGUCCUCGGUCCACGGGCCAGGGCCAAUCUUGGUGAAGAACAUCCUGCAGCGCGGCGCAGCAGUCAAAGAUGGCCGCCUGCAGCCUGGGGACCGCAUCUUGGAGGUGAACGGAGUAGACAUGACAGGCCGGAGCCAGGAGGAACUCGUGGCCAUGCUGCGCAGCACCAAACAGGGAGAGAGUGUGUGUGUGGUGGUGGCACGGCAGGAGGACAUCUUCCUGCCCCGGGAACUGAAGGGCGAGGAGGCUGGCAGUCUGGUUUUGGAGGACGGCAGGGAGCAGCUGAUGUACGAGAUCCCCCUCAAUGAGACGGGUUCAGCUGGCCUGGGGGUCAGCCUGAAAGGCAACAAGUCCAGAGAGACCGGGGAAGACCUGGGCAUCUUCAUCAAGUCCAUCAUCCACGGAGGGGCCGCCUACAAGGACGGCCGCCUGAAUGUAAACGACCAGAUGUUAGCGGUAAACGGUGAGUCGCUGCUCGGACGCUCCAACCACGCCGCCAUGGAGACGCUGAGACGCUCCAUGUCGUCAGAGGGAAACACCAGAGGCACCAUCCAGCUCGUAGUGCUCCGAGCACCUGGACAGGCACGACAGACAAGCAGCUCCAACCAAGCACCGAGCGCAGCUACAACUGGCUCCGCCGCAGCCAAAACCCAGUCUGGCUACAGCAAUCAGGAGCCUUGGGGCCACAGUGCAUACCAGGGGCCCUUUCAAGCCCCAAACAUGGAACCAGGCGUGAAUGGCGGCGGCAGUCACGCUCCGUACGGCAGCUCUCAGAGUGUACCGUAUCCCGCCGCGACUGCCGGAGGAAGCUACGGACACCAUGGCAACAAUGACGAGGGGUCGGAGCAAGGCUUCCCACCGCCGCCCUCGCCCGGCUCUGUGGAGGAAAUGAGCAGAGAUUUGCCAUUAACUCCCCCGCACUACAGAGAGUUUCAGAAGCCGGCCCUCAUGGCUGAAGCUUUUUACGCUGACGAUGACAAUUACAACAGACCUCGCAACAGAGCGUCCAAGAGCAUGGACCUGGUGGCUGAUGAGAGCAACGUGGGUUCACUGGUCGGGCAAAGCAGUGAGUCUUCAGCUGGUGGCGUACUCGGCCCGACCCUGGGCCUCAUGAAGUCCAGCUCCCUGGAGAGCCUCCAGACGGCCGUGUCGGAGGCCAAGCAGAGUCGCGUCCAAGCCCAGGUGCCCUUUCAUCGCCCGCGGCCACACAUGGUCCGGGGGCGGGGAUGCAACCAGAGUUUCCGCAUCGCCAUUGAUAAGUCCUAUGAUGGACCUUCAGAAGAUGACGACGACCUGUCGGAGCAGAGCUCCGGUCAUGAGACGCCUGUCAGCGGCUCCUCUCACCAGGGCCUGGAUGCAGAGGAUGGAAAGAAGAAGAAGAAAUCCAAAGGGAAGAAGAAAGAGAAAAAGAGCAAAGGGAAGAAGAAAACAGAUGAUUCUGUGGAUGAUCCAGAGAAGAAGACCAAAAAGAAAGGAUUUGGCCUUCUACGGUUUGGUAAGAAGAAAGAUGACAAAGGCAAAGAUGGUGCCAAAGCAUCCAAAAGCAAACUGGAGGCCUUAAGUGAAGAGGAGCUGGACAGGAUCCCCGACAACAGAGAUGGCUAUGAUCCGCGUUACGCCGAGAUCCACUCUGGCCACGUCACCCCAGACCCAGCUUCCCUCCCCGACGUUGAAGACGACGACAGCGACCCCAACUACGCGCGCAUCAACAUUUUCCGCCAGCAGCCGUCUUCCCAGAUGUUUAUCAAUCGUGCGCCCUCACCUGCACCCCUCUCAUCGAUGCCCAACCAGUUUCGGGCCUCCUCAGAGGAGCUGGAGGGGCUCUAUGCCAAGGUGAACAAGUCCAGGCCUCCGCUUGCCCCACAGAACCAGCAUCCAACGCAAGCAGACAGUGACCAGCGUCUCCAGGGUAUGCGCAGGGAGUACCAGCAGGCCCGAGCCGCUCCGGUCUACGAGGAGCUCGACGCCGCGCGACGCAGAUUCCUGGAGUAUGACCCACAGCGGAUGGCACCCAGAGAAUCUCGACCUGUGCAGCACUACGAGGAGGACCGACAGUACCCCACACACCCCAGGAGAGACCCAUAUGAUUACCCCACUCACUCCAGACCUGUGCCAAGAGAGCCAGCCCCCUACUCCGGCCACUUCCAUGAUCCCCCUGUUUCCAGCCACCCCGGCCGUGUGCCGCUCCCUCAGGCGGGCGCACAAUCCCAUCAGGCGCUCAGCAGCAACCAGCGCUACUACCCGUCUCCCAGCACUGGACAGCCGAACCGUGCACCUCUAAGGCAGGACAUCCCCCCUUCACCCACCGCGGGCCGCAGAGGUCGGCAAUACUAUGAAACCACUGGGGGGCGAUUAGACGGAUACCGGCAGGCCAGCCCAGGCCGCUACACCAGCCCCGAGCGCUACAACUACGGGGACGAAACACAACCUGACCCGAGACGGAAGAACCCCAUGAUAGGUGCUGUGUAAAAGGUAGUGUUGAGUCAAGUCAGUCGCACAAAGGAUAUAAAUAACUCCGAAUUCUUGUUUCAAGAUUUGUGAAACAUAAUAUCAGUAGUCACCUUGACUGCCACUGUGGAUAAGUGAGAUUCUUCCAUAUUCAUUCAUCUGAUUAGGAAUGAUAAUAAGUGACAAGCUGAGAGGCUGAAAUAAGGUUUAUUUUCAGAACCAUCUGAUCGCAUCUGUCUCCACGACUCAUGCAACUGCAACGUUUGCCUUGUGCCAGUGUUUAUUAAACAGGAUCUUUUUCUUUUUUUUUUGGACGUUUUCUGACAUUUUUAAUGUGGAAAUGAAACUAUAUUAAAGGCAAUUAAAUUAAGUAUGUAGAUAUAUGGAGUGAACUUACUAAAUGGUGUAUAGAAUCAACUCUGUUCCAGCCAUGAAGGCCGUGCUGACUUGCAUUUUGCACAAGCUGAUCAAACCGAAGGAAAUUAAAGGGGACCACCUUGACCUGCCAGACUGCCGCAUCAGAGGAGACGCAGGAAGCUGAAGCCGACAAACAGGAAAAAGGAAGUAACCCCUUCAAAGUAUCUUCUUGUCCUUGAUGUUUUGUCACUUGGACUUCCUCUACAUCCUGCCAUCACAUUUUGUUUUGUUUUUGUAUUUUUGCCUUGGAUUAUCUGGAGGUGGGCGUAACUAAUAUAUUUACUGUACAUUUUGUCAAACACAUCAAUUCAAAUGAGUUUCUUUGUGAUAUUUUUGUGGUGCUUCUCAUAAAAUAUAAUAAUAUAAAAAGUCAUGAUCAAGAAACAAGCAGCAGCUCAUUAAGAGCUUAAUUUUUAGCCUUUAAAAUGUCAUUGUUAAACAUCACUGCACUGAAAACUCACUAAAUGUGUCAAUGGUGAUUUGAUUCAAACGUGCUGUCAAAUAAAUGCAUGAUAUAUAUUUUUUUUUUUUUACACAUUUUGCAUUAAAUAUUUUGAAAUUC